AUGGAAAGCAACGCAUUUGGAAGCAGCCAUUUGCCGUCACAAGCUUUAGUCGUACUUUCGGAGGCUGCUUCCGGUUUGCAUGAGGCUUUGAGGGGCCAGCGGCCUUUUCCAACAAGAUUACCAGACGCCAAAGAUCUACACAAUAUGUCACUUGUCGGCAGUUAUGGCACACACCUGCUGCACAGCUUCCAUCCACAUCUUCUACAAACGCUCAAUCAUGGCAUGCUGGCCGCAAAUGGCGGCCCGGCGAGUUACUUUGCCAGCGAUCGCGGACUAGGUAAACCAUCGGUGCUAUCGAAUUUUCAAUUGCAGCAUUCAGCGUUUUCACCACCCAAAUAUAUUGGCAUAUCACUGGAUCAGAAUCUCUUCAAUGGCAACGAUUCAUUUCGCACAGACUCGGCAAGCCCCACUUGCACUUCCCACGAAUCGAUGGAGGGAUCAAACGAUUACGACAACGGUGAAAAGGGUGAAAGUCCGCGCAGCAACAAUUCCGAUCCGAGGGAUUUAAGGCAUGUCCACAGCAACAAUGGUGGCGGCAGCAGCAGUAGUAGUAGUAGCGGUGGCGGUGGUGGUGGUGGUGGAGGUGGAGGUGGUGGUCAUGGUUUGAUCAAAGCGUCAUCAGCAGCUGCAACAGCCACCUCCAUGGCGGCCGCCGCUGCUUCUAUAGCCGCCUCAGUGGCGUCAACCACAUCCUCGCCUGCGUCAGCAAGUCAUCUCGGUCAUCACCAUCAUCACACACAUCAUCAUCACCAUCAUCCGAAUGGUGGCCUGUUGGCCGCAGCGGGUUUGGGUGGCAUGGGUGGCCUCGGCAUACCGGUAAGCUGUGCAGGUUUACGUGGUGUGGCGAGUGGUCUCAGUGGCUUGACCACAGCUGGUGGAGUCGGUGUGGGCAUUGGCAGCGGUGGCAGUUCGAGUGGCAGCAACAGUAGCGGGCUUGGGGGUGUGCUGAGUUUGCCGCCAGGUCAUGUGCCAGAUAUUUGCCCUAUCUGUGGUAUAAAAAUUUCGGCAGAAGAAUGGAAUUCACACUUUUUGACCGAACUAGACCGACUCUACAAGCUGAGCUCGGGCAUGGAACGUACGAAUUUACAGGCAUCUUACAUGUUUGCGCCGCCCUGUCCGGCGCAAGAGAAUGCCAUACGCACCAGUCAUAAUCGGUGGGAGACUUUCCAAAGGAUACGCAAUAAUAGACAGAAUCGUUUAAGAAUAAAGGGUCGAAAACGAAAAUAUGGCAAUGAUUUGUACUUCAUGGAAAACUUGUUCUGCAAUUCCUGCCCGAUUUGUAAGCGAAAAUAUGCGAUCGAAGCUGGAAAGAUACAACCUGAGGAGGACACCAAAAUGCAAGAAGAAAUCGAAACGGUCGAUGUUGAAAGUUGCAAUGACGAUGUGCCCGACUCUGGCUCCGAGCUGACGUCACACUCCCAACUCGGUGUGAAUAGCUUGAGUCACGCGCACCAUCAGCACCAGAACAGCAUUGGCAAUCAGACUCUGGGCAGCAAUAUGCACAGCAGCAAUAGUCAACCGGGAAAAUUAGAUGGCAUCUUAUAUCGAACGGCUUGUGUUAUGAAUAAAGAUGCUGGGAAUAGUGAAGAUGAUUUGAAUGCAACCAGUACUAGCGGCGGGGGUGGUGGCGCUGGCGGCAUGACACAAAAUUGGAAUCACGCGCAACACAACACAGCUGCCACGAUAACAGCGCAACAACAAGGACAUAUCAGUGUGAAAAAUGUCAGCGAACUGUCAUCGACAACCCAUCACUUCUACAACGCGGACUCGUGUGGCGCUGUUGACGAGCGCUCCACUGGCGGUGGUGGCGGCAGCGGCAAUUGUAACGGCAAGGAUGUUUCAAUGGAAACAUGCAAUGCCAACGACAGCGACGAGGAUGUCAUUGUGGACGACGAUGAUUCUAUUAAAAUGACGAAUCUGUGCAGCAAUAAAAAACGAAAGCAUGACGAGACGGUGGUUAGUAGCAGAACAUCAGAUGACCACACGCCAAUGCUGGAGCAGGAGAGACCACGCUCCGAACCACAAGUGACAAGUACCGAGCCAAAUAUGGAAAUGGCGAACAAUAAUAAUAAUAACAACAAUUCCAAAUACAGCACCUUUGAGGAGAUGCGCUCAAAGCAACACCAACAACAACAACAACAGACGGAACUGGAUAAUGGCCACAGCAAUGUGAGCGGCAUAGGUGCUGGAGGUGGUGGUGGUAAUGCAAACAUAAUGGGGCCUGGACUUACGCAAUUGGACACAAAGGUGGGAUUUAGUUCGGAUAAUAAACCGGACGAUGAAAACAAAUGUUUCAUUUGUAAGACAGGUAUAAAGGAUUUUGCCACGGAAUCUUUCUUUCGCGGACGCAACUUGUAUUUCCAUCAGAGUUGUGCGAAUGUGAUGAGCAGCUAUCGGCUAAGUAAAGACUUGCAACAGCAGCAACAAAACCUGAUACAACAGCAGCAGCAGCACCAACAGCAACAGGACGCUCAAAAAUCACCAUCUCCACAACAAUUGGUGAAUCUUUAAGAAUUUAUUAAACACUCACAUCAUAAACACAUUCAAACGAACACACAUAGAAACAUACAUAGAAAGCGCUACACAAAUAAAUUUAUCGUAAGCCGUUUAAGAAUUUAACAUGUUAUCUGACUUAGCAAAAAUAUGCUUAUGUGUACCAUAUAGUAUUUUAAAUAAAAAUAAAAUGUAGACUUAGUGCUAAUUGUGUGAACCGAAGUAUCUACAAAGCUAAGCAUUAGGGAGGUUCUUAUGUGCGUGAAUUUUUGCAAUGCUAUUUAUUACUUGUGUAUUUUCCUUAAAAGUCUGUUAACUACUUUGUACAUUAUGUUAUCUUUUUGAUGUAUGAAAUUUUCUAAAGAAAUGUACUUUCGAUAA